CAUCAUUUCAUCUUCAACCCUGAGUCACACGUAACUGGGCAACAAUCAUACCUUCGGAAUACUUACAUUCAAGUCGAAUAAUUCAAGAUUCAGGAGCAACGAGCGCGUUAUGUCAGGACUGUAUAACGAUCCACAUUUAAUUAUGUCCUCGUAACAAAAAAAUUCGAGUUUCCAUUUCAGACUUGAAGAACUCGAAUUUGGAUCUGCUUUAACUGGGUGUUGAACAAAAGAUGGCAACGAACUCUAGGUCUGUCACUAGCUCAGUCCCACGGCACCCCUCAGCCCACAGCUAUAAAUGGAAGGGGGAAGGGGAGUCAAACGACCCACGAUUUCCCUCGCAACUUCAACCAGCUCUUUUCUCUCGUUCUCAAUCGACUUUCUCUACUAAACAACGUUCUUUUUCAAAUGGCACCCCUUGAACUAUUCAACCUUGUCACUUUGGCCACUGUCGUCAUCUUGACUGCGUCCUUCGGUGUUGACCCUGUCAAUGCCGUUUCUAUUCGUUCAUCCAUCUCGAAUGGACAUACUAUCUCGCACAGAUCUCAUGGCGCUGUAGCGAAGAGGAGGCGCUCCGGAGUUGCUAAACGAUCCUGUAGGACUCGGCCUCAGAAUGGCGGAAACACCACCAACACCGACGAUAACAACACCAACAGUAGCGCCAAUGGCGACAGCGACAACAGCAAUAGCAGUACCGAUAGCAACGAUAGCAAUAACAAUAACAACACUACCAGCGGUGGGGGGAGCUCCAAUGGUGGCGGAGCCCAGGGUCCAAGUACCGGCAAAGUUUGCCUUGCGUGGCCCAACGGCAACGAUCCUGCCCUUGCCAACUUCGCAACCCCUAAUAGCGGAUUUCUCUAUACAUGGAGUCCGGUCAUGCCUUCAGACCUCCAUGGAUACAAAGCCGCUCCAAUGCUUUGGGGCCCGAAUCAAAUCGACGACUUCCACACCAAUGUCAAGCAAGGCAGCGCUGACCACAUUCUAGGUUUCAACGAACCUGAGAUGGACGGGCAGUCCAAUCUGACACCUCAAGCGGCCGCCGACCUUUGGAAAUCCGAGAUUGAGCCGUAUGCUUCUCUAGGAUUCAAACUCGUUACGCCUGGUGUCUCCUCAGCUCCUCAAAGCAAACCGUGGUUGAUCGAUUUCGUCAACGCUUGUGACACCUGCACUUUCGAUGCCGUUUCUGUCCACUUCUACGGCACGUCGGCAGACGACCUUAUCAAGUACAUCACCGACUUCCAUAACACGUUCCAGAAGCCGAUCUGGUUAACCGAAUACGCUUGCCAGGACUUCAGCGGUGGGCCGCAAUGCACUCCUGACGAGGUGUCCGACUUCAUGGACAAAGUCAAGGCUUUCGCCGAGUCCACCGACUGGGUCCAUCAAUACUGCUGGUUCGGUGCUAUGCAUGACAUGGUCAAUGUCAACCCCGCGAAUCAGCUCAUGGCGAGUGACGGCAACCCAACUCCCCUCGGGAAGGUUUUCCUUGGGAUCUAAAUGAUAAUACCCUCCCGUUUCCUGUCCACUUAUUAUAUACACCUCUCUAUUCCCGUCCAAAGCUUCGGAUGUGUUCUUCGACCGUGAUGGAACUGCUGGACAUCCACAUUGUUGUAGAUAUCUUCAGUAUAUAUUGCUGGCCCAGGUCUACCCAGUCACCGUAUCUUGUCCCCCUGUGAGUGGCUUCGUGAAUGAGGCUCG